AAAAAGGCCUCACAAAAAAGGAGGAAAGGACUUGUCAUGCUUUUUCUUUUGCUUCCUGUGAAAGGAAAAACAUUUUUCAAUGUUGAAUCGGAAUUAUUCUUUCGUCCUAACGUCCAUUUCCAUGUGAAAUUACAGCAUCUUCUUCUUCUUCUUCCGAAUCUCACUUGAGUCGCAAAGUGGCAGCAGCAAUAUUAUUACUACUAUUAUCAUUAUUUUUCAUUUUGAAGUAAAACCAAGUCAAAAUCAUUUCGUUGCCCGGAAAGAAUCUUCGCUCCAGAAUCGGAACCUGGCUUCUGAUUUCUCCAAGCAAAAAUGGCUAAGCGAGGAUACAAACUACGUAUCCUGUUCUUUUUAAGGACAAGACAUUGUUUGAGAGAAAAUGCUCACCACGAACUGCUUCUGCUUUACUAAUCUUGGAAUUGAACUGGUUUUUUGUCUUUCUUUAUUGAGAUCAUUGUUUCCGGUUGUUCUUCCUGUUGAAAUCUGGCAGAAACUGGUCUAAACUGCAAACUCUUUUUUUAUUUUAUUUUAAUUUCAGUUUUCUGUUUUGGUAAGAGGAAUGGAUUCUCUUUUAGUUUUAUAAAAAGAUGUGAUGCAAAAUGAAAAUGUAGGAUGCUCUCGAAGCAAAAUGGAAAUUAUGAUGAAGUCAAAAUCAUACGUCUUGCUGCUAUGCUUGUUUGCUGGGAAAUCGGGGCAGAUACGAAUGAAAACUUAGUUUUAUUUUUCAUUCCUGUUUGGCUUCGUUGAAUGAUUUAGAUCAGCCGAAGAGUUUUGGAAAUCUGGAGGAAUUAUUUGAAUCGAAGUGAUGUAUCAAGCAGUUUUAUGCUUUUCUUUCCCUUCCAUUUCAUUGGUGGUUCGAUAUAUUCUGGUCUUGUUUUUUGAAUCUUUGAUGGUCUGUUGAUGACUCUGUUGAAUAUAGAUAUUUGUUCAUUUCAUAAUGUCCUCUCCUUAGCUAAACAACUGUAGAGGAAUUUGUGGCUCAUUCAGCAAACGUCAAUUGUCUAAGUAUUGGAAAGAAGGCCCGUCGUGUUUUUAUUACAGGAGGGGAUGAUCACAAGGUCAAUCUAUGGUCGAUUGGCAAGUCAACUUCUUUAAUGAGCCUUUGUGGUCAUACUAGUCCAGUUGAAUCUGUGGCUUUUGAUUCAGCAGAAGUGUUAGUUCUUGCUGGAGCAUCAAGUGGAGGAAUAAAGCUCUGGGAUUUGGAAGAAGCAAAGAUAUAGUGGUUCGCACUCUUACUGGACACAGAUCCAACUGCACAGCUGUUGAGUUUCAUCCAUUUGGUGAGUUUUUUGCAUCUGGCUCCAUGGAUACUAAUCUCAGGAUUUGGGACAUACGGAAAAAAGGAUGCAUUCAUACAUACAAGGGCCAUAGGCAAGGUGUUAGUACUAUUAAAUUUACUCCAGAUGGCCGAUGGGUAGUUUCUGGUGGAUUUGAUAAUGCCGUAAAGGUGUGGGAUCUAACUGCUGGAAAGCUCUUGCAUGACUUCAAGUUCCAUGAAGGACAUAUUAGGUCCAUAGAUUUCCAUCCACUUGAGUUUCUUCUAGCUACAGGUUCAGCAGACCGAACAGUGAAAUUCUGGGAUUUAGAAUCAUUUGAAAUGAUUGGAUCUGCUCGAUGUGAGGCUACAGGAGUACGCUCAAUAGCUUUUCAUCCUGACGGAAGGGCACUGUUUGCUGGGCUUGAGGAUGGUCUGAAGGUGUAUUCAUGGGAGCCUGUUAUAUGUCAUGAUGCUGUUGAUAUGGGAUGGACGUCUCUUGGUGACCUCUGUAUUCAUGAUGGGAAACUUCUGGGUUGCUCAUACUACCGAAACUCUAUUGGAGUCUGGGUGGCAGAUAUAUCACUUAUCGAGCCAUAUGGCACUGGUCUGGAACCCAAGAAAAAAGUUGGUGUGGAUCGGAAACUCAGCUUUCAGGAAAAUCAACUGGAGAAAGUGGAGAUUGAUAUAGGACCAACUUCUGGAUUGCACUUUAUGUCUCCUGACAAUGAACCAAAGGAGAUAAAGAACAUAUAUAUCGAUUCUUCCGGAGGGAAACCUGUUUCCUUGCAGAGAUCUGGCUCUUUUACUUCUCCAAUUGUUGAUCUCACAGAAGAUUCCAAGGAAAUUUGUAAUUUGGGAAUGGUGAAGCAGAGUCCUGCAACUGGAGUUCACGCAAAAUCAAAUGAGCAAGCACUUAGAAAGUCUUUCUUUGUGCCAAACAUUGUACCUCGGGACAUUUCUGGUGGCAAUGACUCAGCUAAAACUGGGAAAGAAACUAUCAACUUUUCAAGGACAAAACCUGGAAUGCUACUCAAGCCAACUCAUCGACAGGGAGCAUCUACUGGAAUAUGUGAUGCAGAAAAGUUUUCAGAAGAUGUGGGUUCUGGAACUUUUGACAAUACAACAAGUAAAUUAGACAGUGUAGAAGAUCUUAACAAGCUAGGGUCUAAAGAUGAAGUCAAAGAUUCUUGUGAAGACAAAUAUCCUAUCAAGAGUGUAACAGACAAAUUUGAAAAGGCUUUUUCUCCACGCAAACUCUCUGAACAGGAUUCACGUGAUGAAUCCAUUCCUUGCAAUGAGGAGAUUAGUCCAGUUAAAUAUGUCAAUGGAGUUGUUGUUGUACGAGGAAGGACCCGUUCCCUGGUUGAGAGGUUUGAAAGAAAAGAUAGAACUCCCAACAACAAAGAUCAAAUUAAUCCAUCCCUCACCACCAAAUGUGAAACAAUGGAUGAAACGAGGGAAGGAAUUAAUGCCAAUGAUGGUCCAACUAAUCCCUCCCCUAACUUAACAAGUGAAAGCAGGGAAAGAAUUCACGCAAGUGAAGAUCCAAAAAUUACACUCUCAAUGCCUGCCACAUUGUGUGAAAGUGAAAACACUCAUUUGGUCACGAAAGUUGAGCCUCAAAUUCCUGAAAGGGAUUUGUACUCUGCAAAUGAAGGAGAAAUCAUUGAGGGUCUUAUGCAAGCUCACGAUCUAACUUUAAGUAAUCUUCGCUCGCGCUUGACAAAAGUACAGGUGGUGCGGCAUUUUUGGGAACGGAAUGAUGUUAAGGGUGCAAUCAAUGCUCUGAGGAAGCUGCCAGAUCAAUCUGUGCAAGCAGAUGUUGUUAGUGUUCUUGUGGAGAAGACAGACCUUCUUUCCUUAGAGUUGUUUACUUGUUUGUUUCCUGUGCUCGUAGGAUUGCUGGACAGCAAGAUAGAAAGGCAUGCAAAGGUGUCACUAGAUUUGCAAUUAAAGCUUGUAGCAGUUUUUGGACCCACAAUAAACUCAACUAUUAAAGCGCCUCCCUCUGUUGGGGUUGAUCUACAUGCAGAGCAGAGGCGGGAAUACUGCAACCAAUGCUUUACGCAACUACAAAAGAUCCAAAAGAUUCUUCCACUACUAAUAAGGAGAGGUGGUUUGUUGGCUAGGUCUGCCCAGGAGUUAAAUUUAGUUCUUCAACAAUCCUGAAGAUUUGACUUUGAUGAACUUCAGCCAAUUCAUGAAGCGCUGCCUGGCAUAGCACUCGUUUGGAUAGCGGGAUUCCAUCCGAAACUUAUUCUCAGUCACAGCCAAAACAGUCUUGUCUUGAACUCUGCCUUUAGCUGUCAUCUUUGGCUUUGUUCUCGGCAGAGCAUGAAACCAGUGAGAUUGUUGUUAAGAAAGAGCUGGACGAGGCAUACUUUCCCAUAUCUUUAGACGUCUGAAAGUGGCAGCAACUUUCUUCAGAGUUUUAGGCUUCAAGGGCAUAUCUGUUUGUACGUAUUUCUUUCUUUUUUCUUUUUCUUUAUAUGGAUCGUUCUUCUGCUAGUUCUGAUGAUCCCUCACCAGCAAAUGUACCAAUCAGGUUCAUGUAGAUGCAAUAGCAUAAAUUUGUAUGUAUUUUUCAUGAUCAAUGAAAAGAAUUAUCAGUUCUUUUGUUUAAA